GCUUCUCGUAUCCAAGAUAGAAUAUAUAAUGGGGAGAAAACUGGAUCUUUCUGGCUUGACUGAUGAAGAAGCAGAGCACGUGCUUCAGGUUGUUCAGCGAGAUUUCAGCCUCCGUAAGAAAGAAGAAGAAAGACUGAGUGAAAUGAAGCAGAAGUUGGAUGAAGAGGGUAACAAGUGCAGCAUCCUUUCCAAGCAGCAGAAGUUCAACGAGCACUGCUGUAUUCGCUGCUGUUCCCCUUUCACGUUUCUUAUCAACAGCAAGCGACAGUGCCAAGAUUGCAAGUACAACAUCUGCAAGAGCUGCAGUUCUUACCAGAAGAAGGAGAAGGCUUGGAUUUGCAGUGUCUGCCAGCAGGCAAGGCUUCUAAGGACCCAAUCUCUGGAUUGGUACUAUAAUAAUGUGAAGAGCCGCUUUAAGUGUUUUGGGAGUGCCAAAGUCCUGAAGAACCUGUACAGGAAGCAUAGACGGGAAAGUGGAGCUUGUCCUGAUAUAGUAGAAGGAGAUUUAUUUGAAGGAAGCUUAGAAAAUGAAGGAAGCAUUUGUGGCAGUGACUCUACGUUCUACAGACAGACCGAAGGACACAGCAUGAUGGAUACCCUUGCUGUGGCCUUACGUGUUGCAGAGGAAGCAGUGGAAGAAGCUAUUUCUAAGGCAGAGACCUACAGUGACAGCCUGGACAAGCAGAACGAGGCUUGUUAUUUGCAAGAACACAAGGAGGACCUUAUAGAAGAGCUGGCCACAACCAUCGUGCAGAAGAUUAUAAAGAAGCAGAAAAGCAAAACUGAGCAGACUGAGGCUGACUUUGAAUGGCCACCAUCCAGGAGCAGUGGCCUGGCAUCUGUUGCUGUCUCUGAUCAGAGUAUGCUGACUUUUCCAGGGAGUCGCAGGGGGUCCUACACGUUAUGGAGGUCUCAGUCUGCGUUCUCCCUGGCUAGCGAAGAUAUGCCCAGUAGAGGUCUAGACCCUGCAUCUUCUGUGACUGAGGCUCUUUGGAGGCAGCAAAAAGGACAAUUUGGAAAACAGAAGGAACGCAAGCUCUCUGCAUUACCCAGCUGGAAAAGUGUGGACAGGCUAAAUGAAACAAAUCCGCCUCCGGUUUUUCAAAGCACUGAUGGAAAUUGGGUAGCUUUGCAGAACGUCACUUUGCCUCGUCCUCGAAUGCUCGCUAAACCAAAGAGUCAAGUAUUCAAAGCUCUGGAGAAUGAAUCCAGCAUUGUGUCUGCAUAUGACGAGAUGGGCUCAGACAGCGAGGAUGACUAUGACUGGAAUGUGGCCUUGAACAAGCUGCGUCGGAGACCUCGGCAAUCAUCAGAUGAUUUCUAUUAUACCGAUUCCCAGUACAAUGCUGAGUGGGUUUAUGGCAAUGACCAGUACCAGGCAGUAACCUCACCUUCCUCUGGAUUAUACACAAAUACUGAGACACUGUUCUCCGAUUCUGAAACAUCUUCAGUAAACUCUUUCCAGGAAGUCAAAGGACCUAGCAAACUUCUCUGGCUACAAAGCAGAACUCAAGGUGAUAAGCCUAGAAUGGAAAAAACUCACUUCCAUGGAGAGCUGGACAUAAAUUUCAAUCCACAGGCAACCAGCUUGGAGUAUUCAGACAGCAGUGAGACUGAAGAAGUCCAUUAUGAUUUAGAAAAGAGAUCAAGAAGGUGGAGAAAGAACAAAAUGAUCUCUGAAGAAGUAAAUGAAGGAAAAAAUCGCACAAAAACCAACAAGAAGAAUUUAAGCACAAGUCAGGAUUUUGAUGACUUAUCAGAAACAGAUAUAAGCAGUGAGGAUCAGCAUCAUAAAAUCAAGCCUGACCUUAUGGAAGAGGAGCUUAAAUCCAGGUUAUUUCAGCUUGCUGCUAAAAUGAGUGACAAGGAAACCUCUUCUGGUGAAGAACAAGAGUCAGAACCUAGAACGGAUCCUGAGAACCAGAAGGAGACUUUGUCCUCAGAUGAAAACGGCAAAAGUAUUCACGAGGAGUUAAAGAAGGAAAAACAAAAGGCUUUUGAUCUUCAUUUAAAGCUACAGUUUUUAUCUACUGCAUUGCAGCAGAAGUACUCUGCUGUCUCUCUCUGCAACAUAUCUACAGAGGUCCUAAAAGUCAUCAAUGCCACUGAGGAACUGAUAGCAGAAUCCACAGGUCCCUGCGAUUUCCCAGCUGACCUCCACGACAGAGGGAGGGGGACUUUCCCGUUAGGGACCGACCCGGUCAGACUCGACGAGCAGCUCACCACACUGGAAGAAAAUGUGUACUUGACAGCCGGCACAGUGUAUGGGCUGGAGGGGCAACUGAACAGUCUGGAGGAUGCAGCACGCAAGAUCAGCAGUGUUACUGCAGAAUCAGAGCUGGCCGAGCUGGAAGAUCAGGUGGCCACAGCAGCUGCCCAGGUUCAUCACGCAGAGCUUCAGAUUUCAGAUAUUGAGAGCAGAAUAUCAGCUCUCACUGUUGCAGGCUUGAACGUGGCUCCAUGUGUUCGCCUGACAAGGAAACGGGAUCAAAAGCAAACAAACCAGAUGCACACAAUAGACACAUCAAGACAGCAGAGGAGAAAACUUCCAGCUCCACCAAUAAAAGGUGAGAAAAUAGAUGGUUCUCCAGUUACCACUGUUAGAACAUUUAACAGAAACUUCAUGCUCCAAGGAUCUCUAACACAAAGAGCAAAAGAGAGGAAAAGCACUGCCAAGGACUUAAUGGAACCUGCUGUAGGAUCUGCUGUGAUGUACUAAACUUUUACAUCUCUACUGCCAAUAACACACUGCCUAAGGCUGUACACUAGAGUGCCUUUACUUAACAGCCAUUGUGUAUGUCCAGUUGAAAAUGGACCCUCAAGAACCCACAAUGCCUCAGUUAUAGGGCUUCGUUUGGAUACCUCACUGAGAAAGCUGUCCAAGUCUUCAGCAUUGUGGUCUGCUAAUGGAAACUCUGCCUUAAAGUUCUCACAAGACUCUAGAAAGGAUGCUGAGUUUCAAAAGCAAGGCUCCACAUUUUAAGAUGCACUUUUUCUCCCCAUCGAUUGUACUAAAAGUAUGUCGUCUUUAAACUGCAGUAUGUUUUUGUACACUUAAUCAGUCAUAAUUAUAGGCCAAUAUUUCGUACAAAAAGAAAGAACAAAGCAGACCUGUGAUCGAUAUUUGCUGGCCUCUUACUAUUCACUUAGGCAUCUGUCUUGUCGAGCAAUAAGAACAACUCUGUGCAAUGAGCGCUGCUUUUCAGCUGCUUGGUGGAAGUGAAGAACUGAUGUACCUAGCUCAGCUCCCCAGGAGCCAGUGGAAGUUUUGAGGAGGUUUGCAGGGUGAGGUGCAACGGGCAAAGACUUCUCUGUGCACUGAGGGUACGUUUGGCAGAGGUGAUGUUCUAGCUCCAGGGCUAACUAUGGGCAGCAGAGGGGAACAUGGGUGUCGUGUUGCCCCGUGAAUUGGUGGUAAGCAGCACGUGGGAACUGGAGGGCUGUUGAGUUGUAGUCCUGGCAUCUGGGCACAUCUGAACACUGUUGCAAAACCAACACUUUUGCAUGUCUUGUUCUUUUCGGCAGCAUUGUCCGCUUAGCGGUGUCCAACUACACUGUAGUUCAGAGUAAAGUCUGACCAAAUCUUUAAGAUUGGAAAAGGAGAGUACAAGAACAAUUGUGGAUUAGAUCUCUGCAGACUCAUUGGUCAUUGUAGGGUGUCUGCGACCUAGAAGAAGUUCCUUUCUGCUGUUUCUUGUCUUUUCCGAGGAGGAGACAAAUUCAGGCAAAUGCAGCCUGGCUGUCUUUUCCUCUGCUCCUCUGUAGCCAACACAGAGUAACUGGAGCUUGUCACUGGUGUCACGUGCACCUGCUGUGACUGGACCACUGUGAGUUGGACUGUGAUUAAUAAAAUGUCUUCUUUCACUUCUGAGUGCUUUAAAAGGGGAACCAGAUUCUGGAAGGCCCUUGGGAAGGCACUAUUAUAGGGUGUCCCCCUCCUCCUCUUUGGGGAGGAUCUUGCCAAUUUGUGGUACUUUUUGCCCUGGGGAAUGCAAAGGAAGAAGGUAGAGGACAUGAUAGGCCAGUGUAUCCUGUAUCUUAUAUGCCAAAUGCAGAGCAGGUACCCAGAUGCAGACUGGGCUGAUGUGAAAUGUGCUGUGAAGGAGGGUACAAGCUGACAAAUUCCUCCCCCUUUCCCC